CCCCUCCACACCACAGCCAUGGCCUGCUCCGACCUCUGCCGCCCCUGCGGACCCACCCCGCUGGCUAACAGCUGCAACGAGCCCUGUGUCAGGCAGUGCGAGGACUCCCGCGUCGUCAUCCAGCCUUCCACCGUGGUGGUCACCCUGCCAGGACCCAUCCUCAGCUCCUUCCCCCAGAGCACCGCCGUCGGAUCCUCCUCAUCGGCUGCCGUGGGCAACGUCCUCAGCUCCCAGGGAGUGCCCGUCUCCUCCGGAGGCUUCGGCUUCGGCUACGGCUACGGCUUGGGCGGUCUGGGCUGCUUCGGUGCCAGAAGGGGCUGCUACCCCUGCUAA